UAAUCACAAUCCUUUCCAUCACAACAUAAACACACUCUUCUAGGCAUUAACAAUACCCCUCAUUAGCCUUUCUGCAGUUUGAGAGAUGGGUUCCAAGAACAGUGCUUCAAUAGCUCUCUUUUUCACCCUCAACAUUCUCUUCUUUGCCUUGGUCAGUUCCACUGAAAAAUGCCCUGAUCCUUAUAAGCCUAAGCCCAAGCCCACUCCCAAGCCAACUCCCACUCCUUAUCCAUCUGCAGGAAAAUGCCCUAAGGAUGCCCUAAAAUUAGGUGUUUGUGCUGAUGUCCUCAACUUGGUGCACAAUGUUGUGAUUGGAUCUCCACCAACACUCCCAUGCUGCAGCCUUCUUGAAGGCCUCGUCAACCUCGAGGCCGCGGUAUGCCUUUGCACAGCCAUUAAAGCCAACGUUCUGGGGAUCCAUCUCAAUCUUCCUAUUGCCCUCAGCUUAGUUCUAAACAACUGCGGCAAGCAAGUCCCAAAUGGCUUCGAAUGUACCUAAAAUUUCUAGUGUGAGAGAAGGAUCAUGAUGUGCUUUCUGGAUUUUGUUCUUUGUGUUUUUGAUUAUUGUAAAGUGUGCUGUUUCUGAUUGCAGUAUUGUUGGCUUAACAAUAUAUUAAUUUUUUUUUUUUGUCAUUUAUGAAGCAAUUCAAUGGAAAAUUUUGUUUUGAGUUC